CGAUGGCUUGUUUGUCAACAUUCUAUUCGCUGCAGUUAUUAGAUAAAUUUUCAGGAAAAUAGUAAACCAACAUUAAAACUGAGUUGUUUUCCAUAAUUUCAUCGUAAGCAUAUAGUAAAAUGACUCGCCACGCACGCAACUGUACUGCCGGAGCUGUUUACACCUACCACGAGAAGAAGAAAGAUGCGGAAUCUUCCGGUUUCGGGACAUCGUCACGUCGUCUUGGAAAAGAUUCGGUGAAAAGUUUUGAUUGCUGUUCGCUGACGCUGCAGCCCUGUCGGAAUCCGGUUAUCACGAAGGAUGGUUACUUGUUUGAUAAGGAAGCAAUUUUAACAUACGUAAUAACAAAAAAGAAAGAUUACACCAGGAAAAUGAAAGAAUACGAGCGUCAGGUAAAGGAGGACCAGGAAGAGCAAGCUGAGAAAACCAAUAACGAAACCAAGAAACAGCUGGAUAAAUUCAUUUCGAUUGAGAAAAAUAUUGUCAGUAGUAAGAUAUCGAAUGCUUCAGAAGACAUACCCAGCACCAGCGGAGCAAUCUCGAACGUGUCACUUGGCAAGCGUAAGGAAUUGCCAAGUUUUUGGGUUCCUUCGCAGACUCCGUCAGCAAAGAAAGCGCGCAUCGAGAAGCCUGAUAGUAAAGUGUACUGCCCCAUGUCUGGCCGGCCGUUAAAAGUGCGAGAUUUGAUUGAUGUGAAAUUCACUCUAGUCAAAGAUCCAUCAGACAAGAAGUCAUUGAUUGCGAAGGAAAACCGUUACAUGUGCGCUGUUACCCAUGAUAUCCUGAGUAAUGCCGUGCCUUGUGCUGUGUUGAAAACAACGGGAGAUGUAGUUACCAUGGAAUGUGUGGAGAAAAUAAUUAAAAAGGAUAUGAUUCAUCCUUUAUCUAAUGAGAAACUGGCUGAAACUGAUAUAAUUCCUUUGCAAAGGGGCGGUACUGGUUUCUCGACAACCAAUGAUAACCUACAAGCAAAGGAGGCAAGACCUGCUUUGCAAUGCUAAAAAUUUUAGAUUUUAAUUUAUGAUUAAAUUUUACAAUAAGUUACAACUUAAUAAAUACGCAACAAUUCAA